CUGCCUCCCCAGCCUUAUUCCCAGCCUCUGGCAUCGAGUUAUGCGCAGCUCCCGUGCUGCUGGGGGGGCCAAAGGCAUUGCCGGCCGUGUCCGCAGCAAGAGGGUCUGGAAAGCACUGCAACUGUUUCCACUACUAGGAGUAAAGACCAGUAAAGACAAAGCAGGAUGAAAAGAUGGCUGACUUCUUGUUACCACCGGGUACUAACAGCUUCCACCGGUUCACGCCUGAGUCCUUGGCUGCCAUCGAGAAACGGAUCGCGGAGAAGCUUGCAAGGAAUGCGAAGCAGGAAUACAGAGAGCAGCUGGGCGAGGAAGAGAAGCCUCAGCCUCAGUUUGAUUUGCAAGCUUGCAAGAAGCUGCCCGAUAUCUAUGGGACUGUUUCUCCAGAGCUCAUUGGGGAGCCCCUGGAGGACAUCGACCCUUUCUACAAUGACCGCAAGACAUUUAUAGUACUGAACAAAGGGAAGACAAUCUUUCGAUUUAGUGCCACUCCUGCCUUGUAUAUACUUAGUCCUUUCCAUCCAAUCAGAAGAGCAGCAAUUAAAAUUUUGGUACAUUCAUUGUUCAGUAUGUUUAUUAUGUGCACUAUUUUAACUAAUUGUGUGUUCAUGGCACAAUCAGAGACUCCGUCAUGGAAUAAAUAUGUUGAGUACACUUUCACUGGCAUUUACACUUUUGAGUCGUUGAUAAAAAUAUUGGCAAGAGGAUUUUGCAUGACAGAAUUCACCUUCCUUCGAGAUCCAUGGAACUGGCUGGAUUUCAGUGUUAUUGUUAUGGCAUACAUAACUGAAUUUGUGGACCUGGGCAAUGUCUCAGCCUUACGAACGUUCAGAGUACUGCGGGCGCUGAAAACAAUCUCAGUCAUUUCAGGGCUGAAGACCAUUGUAGGGGCACUUAUCCAGUCUGUUAAGAAACUUGCUGAUGUGAUGAUCCUGACCGUUUUCUGCUUGAGUGUCUUUGCCCUCAUAGGCCUCCAGCUCUUCAUGGGCAACUUGAGACACAAGUGUGUCAGGGAUUACACCAUGUUUAACUUCACCAAUGGCUCGUUGUAUUUGGAUGGUAGGAUGUGGAACACCUCGGAGGAAUUUCUUAGUGAUCCAGUGAACUAUUUCAUAAAAAAUGGUACAGAAGAUGUGUUGCUGUGCGGCAAUAGCUCUGAUGCUGGCUCAUGCCCUGAGGGGUACAUAUGUCUGAAGGCUGGGGAAAAUCCUGACCAUGGUUACACAAGCUUUGACACUUUUGGCUGGGCCUUUCUCUCUUUGUUCCGUCUUAUGACUCAAGAUUGUUGGGAGCGUCUUUACCAACAGACUCUCAGAUCUGCUGGGAAGAUCUACAUGCUUUUUUUUAUGCUGGUCAUCUUUCUGGGUUCAUUUUAUCUGGUCAACCUGAUUCUGGCUGUUGUGGCCAUGGCAUAUGAAGAGCAGAACCAAGCCACUAUUGCUGAAACAGAAGAGAAGGAAAGAAAGUUUCGAGAAGCCAUGGAGAUGUUAAAGAAGGAGCAGGAGGCGCUCGCUGCUAAAGGAAUUGAUUCAAUGUCACUUAGUUCAUUGGAAAUGUCACCCAAAAGUGGGAAAGAAAGAAGAAAUAAGCGAAAGAAAAAGAAAUCUUUGGGGACAGAUGAGUAUGUGGAAGACCAAAGGAAUCCCAACUGUGAUUACGACGAUGGUCAGAGGAGGAUGACUCUCCUUGGCAUUAGUUAUGGUCCCAGCGCAAACUUGGUGAAGCGCAGAACCAGCCACGGAAGCGUUUUCAGUUUCCGACUCCGUGGCAGAGACACUUGCUCCGAAACAGAUUUUGCCGAUGAUGAGAUCAGCAUCGCUGGGGAAAAUGAAAGCCACCGGGGCUCUCUCUUAAUUCCAAGAUCUGGGAGACGUCCAAGCGUGCAAAGUCAAGUGAGCCAUAGUUCUCACCCUACUACUCCCAACUACACCCAGACGGGCAAAAGGAACAGCUCAGUGGAUUGCAAUGGUGUGGUUUCCCUGAUAGGAGGAGGCAUCGGGGCACUCAACCCAGACCCUACUUCUCCUGCAGGGUUACUGCUCCCCCCAGUUAUUUUGGAAAAGCCUGGAACAGGUGACCUGACCUCUCCCUCGGACGAGGCGAGCAAGAAACAGCUUUUAAUGCCCCACCGCCCCUCCGUGGACCACUCGGACGAGCCCUUUCAGAGGCAGAGGGCAGUGAGUGCUGUCAGCAUCAUCACCAGUGCCCUGGAAGAGCUUGAGGAAUCGCACCAGAAAUGUCCUCCCUGCUGGAACCACUUUGCUGUUAAAUUCCUCAUUUGGGAUUGCUGCCCUCUUUGGCUUUUGAUCAAGAAAUUUGUCAAGUUUGUGGUAAUGGACCCAUUUACUGACCUCACCAUCACUCUCUGCAUUGUGCUGAACACGCUCUUCAUGGCCCUGGAGCAUUAUAAGAUGACGAAGGAGUUUGACCACAUGCUUUACAUAGGCAAUUUGGUCUUCACUGGGAUUUUCACAGCAGAAAUGGUCUUCAAAGUAAUUGCCCUUGACCCCUACUACUAUUUUCAGCAAGGUUGGAAUAUUUUUGACAGCAUAAUUGUCAUUCUAAGCCUGAUGGAACUGGGUUUGUCCAGCAUGGGAAACCUGUCUGUUUUACGCUCCUUUCGACUGCUGCGGGUCUUCAAGUUGGCGAAGUCCUGGCCGACCUUAAACACGCUCAUUAAAAUCAUUGGUAACUCAGUGGGUGCCCUCGGUAACCUCACGCUCGUGCUGGCAAUCAUCGUCUUUAUUUUCGCCGUGGUAGGGAUGCAGCUUUUUGGGAAAAGCUACUUGGACAACGUGAAGAAGAUAAGCAAGACUGGCAAUUUGCCACGGUGGCACAUGAACGAUUUCUUCCACUCGUUCCUCAUCAUCUUCCGGAUUUUGUGUGGAGAGUGGAUCGAGACCAUGUGGGACUGUAUGGAAGUAGCUGGGCAGCCACUGUGCCUUCUUGUCUUCUUGUUGGUCAUGGUGAUAGGAAACCUGGUGGUGCUCAACCUGUUCCUUGCCUUGCUGCUAAGCUCCUUCAGCGCUGACAACCUCUCGGCACCAGACGAGGACGGGGAGCUGAACAACCUGCAGCUCGCUUUUGCUCGGAUCAACAGGGGCCUCCAGUACGCCAAAAAAGCCAUGUGGAAUUUUUGCUGCCACGUCCUCCGGCACCCCAAGACAACAGCUGAAAAGAAGGCAAUGAUGAAGCUCGCUGCCCAGAACCCAGGUGCCCUUAACAACUGUGUGAACAGCCACACCACCGCUGAGCUCGGCAAGGACAUGGAGAAUCACAAGGAGAAUCACGCUGAGGAUGGGAUGAAUAAAAAUGGAGAGAAACACCUAGGAAUUACAGAAAAUGAUGAUUUUAUGACCAAUCCUGACCUGUCCAUUUGUGUUCCUAUUGCUGUGGGAGAGUCAGAUAUCGAGGAGGAAGAUGAGGAGCAAAGCACCUUUACGGAAAUGGAGCAGCAGGAAAAACAACUGCAGCUGAGGGGGCAGCGAGGUCAAAGCCCGGGAGUCCGGAGUCAGAACUCUGAGAUUUGUGAAGAGUUAAGUGAGUUGCACAUGGAUAAGCAGUUGAAGGCUGAGCCACCACCUCCAGUAGGGCAAAAAGAGCUUGAUGAAAUCAGUCUUUCUGAAGGCAGCACAGUGGAUUUGACAAAUCCCGCGGAACUGCUGGAGCAGAUCCCCGAGUUUGCUGAGGAGCUGAUGGAGCCUGAGGAUUGCUUCCCCGAAGUUUGUGUGCGAUUCUUCCCAUGCUGUUCAGUGGACAUCACAAAAUUUCCAGGCAAAAUUUGGUGGAGGCUGAGAAAAACCUGCUACAGAAUCGUCGAGCACAACUGGUUUGAAACUUUCAUCAUAUUCAUGAUCCUGCUGAGCAGUGGAGCCCUGGCCUUUGAAGAUAUUUACCUUGAAGACCGAAAAAACAUAAAAACCAUGCUGGAGUAUGCUGACAAAGUAUUCACUUACAUCUUUGUCUUGGAAAUGCUCCUGAAAUGGGUGGCUUAUGGCUUCAAGAAGUAUUUCACCAAUGCCUGGUGCUGGCUGGACUUCCUUAUCGUGGAUGUCUCUUUAAUAAGCCUCGUCGCCAACACACUUGGAUACUCUGAGAUGGGUCCCAUUAAAUCCCUCAGGACUCUCCGAGCUCUGCGACCACUAAGAGCUUUGUCACGAUUUGAAGGGAUGAGGGUGGUGGUCAAUGCCCUCGUGGGAGCCAUCCCUUCCAUCAUGAAUGUUCUGCUCGUCUGCCUCAUCUUCUGGCUCAUCUUCAGCAUCAUGGGAGUGAACCUGUUUGCUGGGAAGUUUGGGAAGUGCAUUAAUAAGACGGAAGGAGACAUGCCUUUAGACUCUAAAAUUAUUAACAACAUGAGUGACUGCAUACUCUAUAACGUGUCAGGGACAUUUUACUGGACAAAAGUUAAAGUUAACUUCGAUAAUGUUGGUGCUGGGUACCUGGCACUGCUACAAGUGGCCACAUUUAAAGGCUGGAUGGAUAUUAUGUAUGCAGCAGUGGAUUCACGAGAGUACGAGGAACAGCCUGAAUGGGAAUAUAAUUUAUACAUGUACCUGUACUUUGUGAUUUUCAUCAUCUUUGGGUCUUUCUUCACAUUGAACCUCUUCAUUGGUGUCAUCAUUGACAAUUUUAACCAACAAAAGAAAAAGUUAGGUGGCCAGGACAUUUUUAUGACAGAAGAACAGAAAAAGUACUAUAAUGCAAUGAAAAAGCUGGGAUCUAAGAAACCUCAAAAGCCAAUCCCAAGGCCACUGAACAAAUACCAAGGUUUUAUUUUUGAUGUCGUCUCAAAACAAGCCUUUGAUGUCUCCAUCAUGAUUCUCAUCUGCCUUAACAUGGUUACCAUGAUGGUGGAAACGGAUGACCAAAGUCAAGAAAAAGUCAACAUCCUCCAUAAAAUCAACAUGCUUUUUGUUGCCAUCUUCACUGGAGAGUGCAUCUUCAAAAUGCUGGCUCUGCGACACUACUACUUCACCAAUGGCUGGAACAUAUUUGACUUCGUGGUUGUGAUUCUGUCCAUCGUAGGCACUGUACUUUCUGACAUCAUCCAGAAAUAUUUCUUCUCUCCCACACUCUUCAGAGUCAUUCGUUUGGCUCGGAUUGGCCGGAUCCUCAGACUCAUCCGGGGAGCCAAAGGAAUUCGAACUCUCCUGUUUGCCUUAAUGAUGUCCCUACCUGCUCUGUUCAACAUUGGCCUCUUGCUUUUUCUGGUCAUGUUCAUUUAUGCCAUUUUUGGCAUGGCUAACUUUGCCUAUGUUAAGAAGGAGCAUGGGAUUGAUGACAUGUUCAACUUCCAAACCUUCGCUAACAGCAUGCUCUGUCUCUUCCAAAUCACAACGUCAGCUGGAUGGGAUAGUCUUCUCAACCCUAUUUUAAACACUGGACCACCAUAUUGUGACCCAAACCUUCCUAAUGCAAAUGGUUCAAAGGGAAACUGUGGAAGCCCUGCUGUAGGGAUUUUAUUCUUUGUUACAUAUAUCAUUAUAUCAUUUCUCAUUGUUGUAAACAUGUAUAUAGCCAUUAUUUUAGAGAACUUCAGUGUAGCCACUGAGGAAAGUACAGAGCCUCUAAGCGAGGAUGAUUUUGAUAUGUUCUAUGAAAUCUGGGAGAAGUUUGACCCUGAAGCCACUCAGUUUAUUGAGUAUUCUGCACUUUCAGACUUUGCAGACGCGCUAUCAGAACCUUUGCGCAUAGCGAAACCAAACAAAAUCAAACUCAUAGCGAUGGACCUGCCCAUGGUCAGCGGAGACAGGAUCCAUUGCUUGGAUAUUUUGUUUGCUUUUACGAAAAGGGUGCUAGGAGAAUCCGGAGAGAUGGAUGCCCUUAAAAUACAGAUGGAAGAAAAGUUCAUGGCGGCGAAUCCGUCUAAGAUCUCUUACGAACCGAUUACAACAACUCUCAGGCGGAAACAAGAAGAGGUCUCUGCCAUCGUCAUCCAGAGGGCCUACAGGAGACAUUUGUUCCGGCGCUCCAUGAAGCAGGCAUCUUACUUGUACCGGCACAGAACUUUGGAGAGCAGCAUCCUCGAGGACGAUGCACCCGAGAAGGAGGGUCUUAUUGCGUUCAUGAUGAACGAGAACUACGGCAGGCCAAUAGACAAAUCCCAAAGUCUGUCCUCCACCUCCUUCCCUCCGUCCUACGACAGCGUCACCAGGGGCACGAGCGAUAAUCUCCCGCUGAAGAUAACGGACGUGAGCAAAAGCGACGAGGCUAUGGAUUGUCUUCUCUCGCCGGACAAGGAUAAGGAAUCAAUUGUUUAAAUGUUUGUUUAGAAUGCUUUAAAAUAUUGUUUACAGAAUGUAAUGCUGUAACUACACAACGGUUGAAGCAGCCUUCUUGUUAAAAAUUAGUUGCAAAAGAAACAAUGGAGUUUUUACCCUUAACUACAGGAGUCUAAUAAGUCAUAUAACCUUUGACCCUGCUCUUUUUGACUUGGUUCAAUAUUUAUAUUUAUAUAUGCACAGGAAGAAUCUUUGCAGGGUCAUAGCUGUUAUAUCAAUGGUGUGAAUAAGAAUAGGCUAGACUGUAAAACAGUAAACACAGUGUAUAUCUAUCCACAGAUAAAGCCUGGCUGUAUAAAUUCAUUUAAGGUCUUACUCAUAUUAGUGUGUUUACUUAUGGCGAUGUAUGACCUUGCAUUCUAAAAAGAAAAAAAAAAUAUCACAGCUGCUGUAGCAAAAUGUAACACUUACUGUAUAUGUUGUGAAUGGUCUUUCAUAAAUUUAUUAUAUUUGAUAUUUUUUUACUUAAAAAAAAAAGUCUCUUUUUCCAUGGAGAUUAUUGAUCCUUACACUCUUCAUGAUGAACUCUGAGUUAAGGUAAUAGGAACUUGUGGGAUCCCCAUCGCUUGAAGAGGAAAGUUGUUGCAAAUAAAAGUAUCAAAUUAGCAACAUUUAAACUGUUUAUUACACUAAGCCCUCCCUCUUGGGACUUGCAGCUGCACGUCAGCAGAAACACACAAAAAAACCACCAGAACAGCAAAUGAUGUCAAAAC